GUUGAAGAUCAAACCACAAUAUUAUCAAAUCAAUUAAGUGUUGAAGAUAAAACCACAGUAUUAUCAAACCAAGUAAGUGUUGAAGAUAAAACCACAGUAUUAUCAAACCAAGUAAGUGUUGAAGAUCAAACCACAAUAUUAUCAAAUCAAUUAAGUGUUGAAGAUCAAACCACAAUAUUAUCAAAUCAAUUAAGUGUUGAAGAUAAAACCACAGUAUUAUCAAACCAAGUAAGUGUUGAAGAUCAAACCACAAUAUUAUCAAAUCAAUUAAGUGUUGAAGAUCAAACCACAAUAUUAUCAAAUCAAUUAAGUGUUGAAGAUCAAACCACAGUAUUAUCAAACCAAGUAAGUGUUGAAGAUCAAACCACAGUAUUAUCAAAUCAAUUAAGUGUUGAAGAUAAAACCACAGUAUUAUCAAACCAAGUAAGUGUUGAAGAUCAAACCACAGUAUUAUCAAACCAAGUAAGUGUUGAAGAUCAAACCACAGUAUUAUCAAACCAAUUGAGUGUUGAAGAUUGA